UACUCACGUCUGGUUGUUUACUGUCUGGCUAAACAUGGCCGUUGACAAACUCACUCAUAGCAGUUAGCCCUCGAUAACUCUUGACAAUUUUAAAUGUACAAGUCUUAAGUUGCAAAACAAUCUACUGCUCACUUACAAAUUUAAUUGUCUUUUUACCUUGCUGUUGGUUUGGUUUUAAUCUCAUCUUCCUGCGACUCGUUAGCCGCUGAAGCUACGUAGCGAGCUAAAUUCUCCAUAGGGGACAAUGACAGCAACUUCUGCAGGUAGCAGCAGCUGCCUCACCGCUAAAGGACUGGACAUAAGUCUGGCUGCUCUGCAGCGACAAGACCCAUACAUCAAUGACAUUGUGGACGUGGCCAGCCAAGUUGCCCUGUAUACUUAUAACAACAGGGCAAAUGAGUGGGAGAAGACAGAGGUGGAAGGCACCCUUUUUAUUUACACAAGACUGGCAUCUCCCAGGCAUGGUUUCACCAUUAUGAACAGACUCAGUAUGGAGAACUUGACAGAGCCAAUUACCAAAGACCUGGAUUUCCAGCUCCAGCACCCUUUCCUGCUUUAUCGCAAUGCCCGGUUGGUUAUCCAUGGCAUUUGGUUCUAUGAUAAGGAGGACUGUCAACGUAUUGCUCAGAGAAUGAAGAUCCUGACCCAUCAGGAGCAGACCCUGGCACAGUCUCAAGGUGGAUGGUUGUCCCCAGGAGGAGUACGUGGUGGAGGAGUAGGUGGUGGAGGAGUAGUUGGAAUACUUGAAGGAGGAGGAGGAGGCGGAGGAGGAGUAGCAGGUGAAGGAGGAGGAGGAAGUGAAGCAAAGGCAGUGGACAUUAUUCAGAUGUUGACCAAAGCACACACAGAGUAUGACAAGUCUACAUCAGAGCCAAAGGAGAUUGGCGGCAGCAGUGUUAUUUAUGGAAACCCCAACCUGAUCAAACCAAUACCUGUUAAACUGAACACUCAGGACACUGAAAGUGCUGAACCCAAGUCUCUCUCUCUUGCUACCCUUUUUGGCUCUCAACAUCAACAUCACCACUCAUCCAAACCUGAGCCAGUCUCUCCUAUGGCCACUACUGGGACAGGGCCAUCACCGAGACAAGUCAAUCGCCCACCUGUAGCACGUUCGCUGAAAUACGAUGACACAGAAAACUCUGGCAAUAGUGUGCCCUCCAAAGGAGGGAACAUCAACAUGGUUGGGUGUUCAGUUAGAGGGCCCAGGGCUGUGAUUGGAGGACAAAUAGUCGGAGAACAUGGUGAAAAUGUUGUUGUGGGCUUGCUGCCAUGUCCCACUACCACCCAUCAGCAGCAGCAGAACCAACCCCAGCACUGCCCAGCCAUCCAGAAACUCAUGCUGGGACAGAGUGGAGUGGGGGUCGUCGGAGGGGUGCUUCAGACCCUGUCCGAGUCCCCCGAGAACAGGCUGUGUGACAACGGGGUGCCGCUGGAGCAUCACCACCACCAUCACCAUCUGUACCACCAUCAUCAUCAGCAGCAGCACCACCACCUUCAUCAUUAUCAACAGCAACAGCUUCAGGCUGACCCGAUCAGGAAACUUUUCCAAACCAAGCCACCUCUUCCCUCAUCCAACCCUCCGCCUCUGCAGCAGAACCCCCAUCUCUCCUCUCAGCCCAUAAUGGUGGAUUCUGUGUCAUGUUCGCACCUUCAAGCACAACAAAGCCAACAGCUGUUUUUCAGCCAACCUAAACCUCAACCAGAAGCACAGCACAACUGCCAUUCAGCUUUACCUAUGCAGGGAACAGUUCUGUCUUCCCAGAUGUCUGGUGUGGUGUCACCUCAUGAGCUCCUUCAAAAGCUCCAGCUGGUUCAGCAGGAACAAAGCCUGGCUUCCCAUGACCCCCCUCGCCUCUGUCCAGGACUGGCACCUCGAUUCCUGGGGCCCACUCAAGGGCAAGGUGCCGGCUCAGUUGUAGGCCCAGUCCCAAACCAGACCACAGGUACUGCUGGUCAAAAGGCUGCGCUGCAGUUUCAGAUCAUCUCCCCCCAGCGGAUACCUGCCACUGUGGCCCCCAACCUGCUCCUCUCUCCCAGUGUGUUCACUCAGGCAAAGUCUAGUGGCGGGUUGUCAGUGGUUUCCCAGGAGAGCGGCCCUGACCCCUCAACCCUGUCCAGACCCCCACUGCAGCAGGAGAUCAGAGUUCUUUCCAGAAGCCAGCUUCAAGCCACACUGCUGCAUCUGAUCCAGACUGACAGCUCAUUCCUGGACAGCAUCUAUGAAGCCUACAUCAGCCGCUUUGCUAAUGACUCCAGCAUCAAGUACUGAUGACUCUUCACACCCUCGGUCUAUUCAUGCACCCAAUCUUGGGCUGUGAGGCUCAUUCUUCUACACCUAAGAUGGAUGUGCCAUUUCCUCUUCUGAAUCCAGUCAGACACACUUCUCUUUAUCUCCUCUGCACUACAUAGCCAGUCAACCUGACUCUUCCCUUUCAAACCAAGUUUUUCUAGUCACAACAACAACAAAAAAAGCACUUAUCAGAUUAUACAUGUUUGUUUCCAUAUCAAAAAACAAAUCAAACUUUUUUGAUACGUUUUAUCCUCUGAAUCCUGAAGAAAUUCUCUCAAUCUGAGGCUCACUAAUUUGACAUGACCAUAAAGUCUUGACAUCAUCUGUAGUUAAAGGGGCAAUGUAGUCUAUACUCUCGUUCACUCUACAUGAAGAAAAGAAAUAUGCUGCAACCCUAUUUUUUGCCUCAGUAUUAGAAUAUAGUUCCCUUCACUGUUUUUUUUAUGCAGCAAACUAAGCAGAAUUUGAUUAUAUUAUUUGUGUUUCUUUUGUUAUAAUGUGUAGUCUUCAUGUGUAGUUCAGUGGUCUAACACCAGCCAGCCUUCUGGGCUUUAAUAUACAAGUCUUCCUCGUCUAAGAACUAGUGCUGAAGGAUAUGCUCAAACUGACUUGAAACUGACUUCACCUAUAAAAGUUUAAACGUAUUUUGUAUUCUGUAUAUUUUGAAUUUUUUUUUUAAUGUAAUAAGGAUUUGUUUGAUUUAAAUGUACAAUUCUUUUAAAUUAAGUUCUUACUAGUUUGCCUUCUAAAAAAGUAUAUUUUAGUAUGCUAAUCCUUUAGUUCCAAAGUGGGUUUUUAAAAUAUUUUUUUCUAUUUUUUUAGCAGACUCUAGCUAUGACAAAUAUUUGUAUUGGUCACAGUUGUUUUAGUUUUACGUACAUUAAUAUUAUUAUAUUAAAACCAUGGUGAAGAAUUCAAAAGGACAUGGUACCCAUCUAAAUUGAAGGAAAGUACAGGAGAUUGUUAACCUGCUACCUCACAGAGUUCGGAGGUGUUCGGAGUCGUACCUGUGUUUUUACUAGUAGCAGAUUUUCACAGUUAUGUAAUUCAACAGUUUUAAAGAUUACCUAACCCAGUCAGGGUUUUUAUUUCAGUUUACCACAAAGGAUUUAAUCAUCACAGAAAACGCAUUGACAAUCUUUUGAGUUGUUGUGUAGAUAUGCCACACUUCCUGAACAUUUUGUCUGCCAAACCAAACAACUUACAGAAAUUAAUUUCAGGAUGAAUACAACUUUUUAUUGAUCAAACGCUUUGCUAUUGAUGGUAAGUCUAGUUAAAUAAAUGCUUGGUAAAUGGAGAUUUAAAGCAAUAAAAAUCUAAUCUGUCUAAAUACCUGAGAACAUUUGUUUGGAGUUCACAGGCCGGUUCAAAACAAGUACAAUCGAAAUAUGAUAGAAAAUGCUUUUCCAUAAUACUGUCACGGUACAUGUACUUCAUAAAGUGUCAACCAAUAAAACUAAGUUACCCACACAUUUCCUUACUUAACUACAGCAGAGAAGUCAGUCAAUAUGUUACAUUUUGUCAGGGUUAGGGUUUGCAGUUUGUGUGUUAACUCAUAUAAAGCCAGACUAUUCAGUAGAUACCAGAGAGUACACAAAAACAACAACAGCAGCAACAACAAACAGAGAGAUUACAUUACAGAAAAAAACAGAAUAUUAUAUAAUAAUAUUCUUAUUUUUGUACUCAAGCAAAAUGUAUUGUUCUCACAGUACGAAUAACCAGCAUGUUACAUUACAAUU